GACUUUGAUGAUCAGGAGUAUUACUUCAUCUUCCUGCAGACACGCGAUCAUCUCAUACCCAUGGAACUGGGGCUGAUCCUGGAACAUUGCCUGGCGCAUUACUGGCUGCACUGCAACGUGAUGAUCCAGACAGCCGACGUGGAUGUGCUGGUUUACAGCUACUACCCGUACACGUCGGACCACUGCCAGGCGGCGUAUCCGGUGCAGGUGAAUCACUUUGAUGGCCAGCGCAUGGUCAACCCGACCAUGUUCCCCGAGAAGCUGCACCAGCUUCACGGCUGUCCCAUCUCCGUGCUCACCUGGCACCAGCCGCCCUUCGUGGAGCUGAAAUGGGACGAGCACAGCAACAGCCUGCGAGCCAGCGGCUUUGAGAUCCAGCUGGUUGACCAUCUGGCCCGCCUGCUCAACUUUACAGUGGAUCUGAUCAACCUGACGCUCAUCCAGCCGCAGCUCUAUCGCCUGGCCAAUGGGAGCAGCGAAGGACCCAUGGAGUUUCUCCUCGAGAGGCGGGCCAAUCUUAGCCUGGGGUACUUUCGGAAGACGGCACGCCGGAACCAGCUGCUGACCACCGGCAUGUCCUACUACUCAUCGCCCCUGGUGGCUGUGUUGCAGCGCGAGACCUAUCUCAUUGGUUCGCUGGCACUGCUCACCUUUCCCUUCGAGUGGACGGUGUGGCUAAUCUUGCUCGGGUCCCUGGCUCUGCAGAUAGCCAUUCGGAGAGCUGGAGUCCCGGUGCUGGAGCUGCUGUUGGGCCAGUCGCUGGCCCGCCUGCCACGCUCCUGGCUGCACAGGCUGGUCUUUGCCCACUGGCUGUACGCCGUGAUGCCACUGAGGAUCUGCUACCAGUCGCUGCUCUUCCACCUGAUCCGGAUGCAGCUGUUUGCGGCGCUGCCGGUCUCCCUGGAGCAACUGCUGGCGGAGAACUUUCAGGGCGUGUGCACCGGCAAUACGCUGCGAAUGCUGCACGAGAUGCCGCUGGUGGCGGGCCGGACGGAGAGCUUCUCGGGCCUGGCCACGCCCUACGACCAGGAGGUGCUGGAUUCACUGCAGCAGACUGGCGGCCACAAGGUCUUUGCCAUAGCAGGGAUGGACGUGACUCUGGCGUAUCUGCGGUCCAGCAGCCGUCCGGAUAGCUACCAUGUGGUGGGGCAGCCGGUGAAUGUGGAAUAUGCCGGCCUCUACAUGCCCAAGCACUCGUAUCUGUACGAGAAGGUGGACCACGCCAUCCGGCGGCUGGACGACACCGGAUUCAUACAGGCUUGGCGACGCGCCGCCUUCGUGGCCCACCGCAGGGAGGAGAAGCUGCCACAGGAACAUGAUCGACGCCGGUACAUCAGUAAUUCCCAAUUGUCCGGCGUCUACAAGCUGAUGACGGUGUUGUAUUCCAUUUGUGGCUUCGUUUUUGCCGGGGAGCUGCUGCUCCAACGCUGGCGAGACCGUCGGACUGGCCGAAGAACUUAGUUAAGAGCCCAAUCGAUUGCCCCAAGCACCCCUCCCAAUACUCCACUGCGUUCUGUGACCAUUAAUCAUGGGGAAGAAGUUUUCCUUUUCCUGCAAUUAAACGGAAAGUCACACAAAAA